AUGCAAUUGCAAUCAAUCAUCGUCAUGGCUACUGUCGGCCUUGCAACAGUAGCCCUGGCCCACCCCGGCCACAACGAGGUUGAACGUCGUGACUUGGGUGUUCAGCAGUUUAAGGCACGGGUCCGUCGAGACUUUGAAAAUUGCGCGGCAAAGCGCGAGGCAUCUGGUCUCAAUGCCCGUGCGGAAGCUCGCCGCAAAGCCACCCUGGACAAGUAUCGUCGCCAGCUGAAGUCGAAGAGGGACACCACAACUGUUCUGGAUACCUCUCACCUGUACACAGGAACCGAUAUCACUGUGGAUAGUGACGAGAGUGUGGUGUUCUCCGACAGCGGGACAUGUGUGCUCAACCCUGAGGGUGAGGUCGGCCCCUUCUACGUGAAGGGUGAGUUGAUCCGUGAGGAUGUGCGCGAUGACGAAGAGGGAGUUCCCGUAGUUCUGGAGGCCCAAUUCUUGGAUGUCAGUACCUGUGAGCCUAUCGAGGGCGCUUAUUGGGAUAUCUGGAACUGCAAUUCGACUGGAGUCUACUCCGGGGUGGUUUCUAGUGGUAACGGCAACACCGCGGACACCGGCAAUCUGGACAAGAUCUUCCUUCGUGGAAUCCAGGAAACCGACUCAGAUGGUGUCGCCACGUUCGAGUCCAUUUUCCCCGGUCACUAUUCUGGCCGUGCGACUCACCACCACGUGGUCCUCCAUCUGGAUGCUACUGUCCUCUCCAAUGGCACGUUGACCGGUGGUACAGUCCCCCACAUCGGCCAGCUGUUCUGGGACCAGAGCUUGAUUUCGAUUGUUGAGGCCACUUCCCCGUACAGUACUAACACGAUUGAGUUGACCACCAAUGCCGAGGAUCGUGUGUUUGCUGCUGAGACCGAGGAUAGUACCUCAGACCCCGUGUUUGAAUAUGUCUACAUUGGCGAUGACGUUUCCGAUGGAAUUUUUGGCUGGGUCACUAUUGCAGUUGACACCACAGCCGAGUAUACCCCGACCUAUAGCUUCGAGUACACAUCCUCUGGUGGUGAGGCUGUUGGCAGUUCUUCGAGCUCUGGCUCUGGCUCUGGCUCUGGUGGCUCCGGUGGUGCUGGUGGCUCUGGAGGCGCUGGAGGUCACUAA